AUGGCGACAGAAAUUAAAGUGCCAAACCAAAUCCGUUACGGUUGGUUUAUGAAGUGUCCGAGAGACAACACGUUCUCCACCCACGUGAGCGGUUCACGUAGUUACGCACGGUUCAGCUUCCAGGCUUUCAAGUUCCUGCGGGCACACCCCUCUGUGUACUUGCAGUGCAAGGUCCUAAUCUGUCCUGCGAACGACUACAGCUCCCGCUGUUGCCAGGGUUGCCGCACCCGCAAGAUUCGAAGCCUGGGCUCUCAGCUCCAGAUGGCCAUCAUGGUGCUGGGGCCUAUCACGCUGAAAGAUGUGGAGAAGUCUGCAGUGGAGAAGCUUGAGGACAAAGUGGCUAAGGUCGAUGCCUGAAGAAACCACUAGUGUUCUCAUCAGUCCAGAAUAAUCACUAAUUCAAUCUAUCAUCAUUUCCUACCUAUGAAU